AUGAGCUCUGCUGCUGCUUCAGGGCCCGCUCUACCGGCCCAGGGCGCGCCCACGGCCCCGUCCAAGAUCGCGACCACCAUGGGCAUGCUCUCGACCGCCCUCCAGGCCACCUUCCGCCACUUGACGGCCGGCCCCCCGGCGCCGACUUGGCCCGUCUUCCUGUCGGUCAUCAUGGCCGUCAUGCGCUGGCGCAGCGUUUCGCUCGUCCGCGCCCGUCAAAUCAACCCGCCCAAGAGCCACGACGAGGUCGUCCACAUCGCCAAGGAGCAGCGCGACGCGACCGAAAAGCUCAUCGCGACCCCGGCCGACAAGGUCCAGGACGGCAUCGUCAAGGAGGUCCAGUUCGCCGUCAAGAAGCGCGGCCUCGAGGGCGUCCUCGCCGAGCUUGACGCCGAGGAGACUGGGCAGCGCACCCUCACGGCCGAGUGGCUGUCACACGUGAGCCUCGUUCGCGCACCUCAACUCGCCCGCACCGACAAGGUCAUUCUCUCGCUGCACGGCGGCGCGCACGUUCGCAUGAGCCCGAGCACGCACCGCGCCGUGCACGUCGCCCUGUCGGACGCCACGAGGUGCCGCAUCUUCUCGCUCGACUACCGCCUGUCACCCGAGGUGCGGUACCCUGCGUCGCUCCUUGACGCCGUCAACGCCUACCUGUACCUGACCGACGAGCUCGAGAUCCCGGCCAGCAACAUCCUCGUCGAGGGCGACUCGGCCGGCGGCAACCUGUGCAUCGCGCUCAUGAUGUACCUGCGCGACACCAAGCUGCCCCAGGUCGGCGGCGCCAUCCUCCUCAGCCCGUGGGUCGACCUCUCGACUAGCUUCAAGAGCUGGGACGAGAACAAGGGCAACGACUACCUCGUCAUCGACAACCACGCCGACCCGCUCCACCCACCGCGCCUUUACCUGUCGUCCUCGCUCCCCGAGCUCGAGCAGUCGCACCACGUCGACCAGCUCUCGGCCCCCUACGUCUCGCCCGCGCUCGGACCCCUCGACUCGCUCUCGAACCUCCCGCCGCUCCUCGUCCAGUCCGGCGGGCUCGAGUGCCUGCGCGACGAGAUCACCGUGUUCGUCCGCCGCGCACGCAAGGCCGGCACCGACGUGACGCACCAGGCGUGGACCGACGGCAUCCACGUCUUCCACGCGUUGCAGGCGACCUUGUCGGGCGCGAGCGCCAUGCGCGAGGUCACCUCGUGGGUCGAGCGCCUGUUCCCGCCGUCGUCGGCCUCGACGUCGGCCUCGUCACCUGCUCCUGCGUGGGCGCAGCGCGUCGACGCUCUCCUGCGGGCCGAGCGCGACGCCCGCCUCGCUCGUGCGGGCCCGGUCCCGCCCGCCAAGGCGCCGAGCACCGUGUGGGCGUACGAGCGCUCGGUCGAGCGCAUGCCGCGCGUCGAGGUCAAGCGCGAGGGGAUCGAGGCGGCGAGGACGGCGGCGCACGAGGCCGAGGAGGUCGAGGGCGAGAUGGGCUUGACCGAGGUCUUCCGCCCGAAGCGGGUCGGCGGCGGGUGGUUCUCGUAGAGCGGCGGCAGGAUCACGGAUACUGUUCGAGGCCGUCCAUCGCGGCUGGCUUGCGCUUC